AAAAUGAUAGAGUCGUUCGAGUUACAUUAUGUAAGAGAAAAUCUAACGAAAUAAAUUUCUCAAAGUGACUUUGAUCGUGACUCUCAAAAUAAUCCUCUUUUGUUAUCAUCGAAUAACCAACAAAUUUCCAUGAUUAAAUAUCAAAUCUCCAUAUUUAAAUACAGAAACCGAAUCAUUCGUCUAUGAUAUUAUAGUAUCAGCUUUAAAUCAAAUGAUUUUAGAAAACCAUUUUAGAAAUACACAUACACACACAAACACAUAUAUAUAAAGAAAGAGAGAGAGAAAGAGAGAGACAGAUAGAAUUUAGUUUAGAAAUUGGUUAGGAAGAAACCGCGGGGGCGAGGUUUCUGCCAGAGAGCAGCCGGUUAUUCGUUCGACGGUGGAAUAAAAAAGAACGUACAUUCGACGAAAAUAGUAUCGUCGGCCAGGAUCGUAUCACGUUCGAGCUCCACGGACGUAGAUCUCCUUUCUAUUAAUAGUAACGAACGAGAAUUAAGGAUCAAAGAAGAGAAGAAGAAGAACCAGCAGCAGUAGCAGCAGAAGAAGUAGUAGUAGUAGUAGAAGAAGAAGAAGAAGAAGAAGAAGAAGAAGAAGAAGAAGAAGAAGAAGAAGAAGAAGAGGAAGAAGGAGUAGUACCAGCUAACGAUAGAGUUUUGGUACCACUCAGAGAACGUUCUCAGAUCGAACAGUCCGGAGUUCAGAGCCGCUCGAGCUAUCGCGGACUCGACAUUCCAUCGGCCAAAAGCUCGUUCUUCGUUAGCUCGCUCGCUCGUUCUCUCUCUUUCUCUAUCAUUCUCUCUCUUUCUUUGUCUUUUUCUUUCUCUCUUGUGUGUGUGUGUGUGUCGUUUAAUAAAAAGCAUCUCUCAAUCGGCUGGGGCACCGAGGCAACCCUCUCGUUGCCACGUACACACACCCACCCACCUACACAUCUCUCUUCACAUACAUUACCACAUACAUUGACAUCACUCGAAUUUCCUUAACCAACCGCAAACAUGUCCGACGACGAGGAACAAUACUCCAGCGAGGAGGAGGUCGAGGAAGUGCAGCCGGAGAAGAAGAUCGAGGGUAGGGCGUCCCAAAAGGACUCCGGGGAGAAUAUCGAGUUUAUGAAGAGGCAAGAACAGAAGAGAAGCGAUCUCGAUGAACAACUUAAGGAAUACAUCGCGGAAUGGAGAAAGCAGAGAGCCAAGGAAGAAGAGGAACUUAAACGUCUCAAGGAGAAACAAGCUAAGCGCAAGAUCACCCGUGCCGAUGAAGAAAAGAGAUUGGCUCAGAAGAAGAAGGAAGAGGAGGAACGUCGUCAACGUGAAAUUGAGGAAAAGAAACAACGUGACAUUGAGGAAAAGAGACGACGCCUCGAGGAGUCUGAAAAGAAACGUCAGGCUAUGAUGCAAGCGAUGAAGGACCAAGCAAACAAGAAAGGACCUAACUUUACCAUUACGAAGAAGGACCUUGGAGGUAAUCUCUCAUCGGCUCAAUUGGAACGUAACAAGACGAAGGAGCAACUGGAAGAAGAGAAAAAGAUAUCUUUGAGUAUCCGCAUUAAACCAUUAGAAAUCGAGGGUCUAUCGAUCGACAAACUUCGUUUCAAGGCCACGGAACUUUGGGAUACUAUCGUUAAAUUAGAAACUGAGAAGUACGAUCUCGAGGAGAGACAAAAACGUCAGGAUUACGAUCUUAAAGAAUUGAAGGAACGUCAGAAACAACAAUUGAGGCACAAGGCUUUGAAGAAAGGUUUAGAUCCUGAAGCUCUUACUGGCAAAUAUCCUCCGAAGAUCCAAGUUGCCUCGAAAUACGAACGUCGCGUCGAUACUAGGUCCUACGACGACAAGAAAAAACUUUUCGAGGGUGGCUAUGACACGCUUUUAGCGGAGUACAACGAGAAACUGUGGAAACAGAAAACAGAACAGUUCAUGAAGCGCACCAAAACGAAGUUACCGAAAUGGUUCGGCGAGAGGCCUGGCAAGAAAGCUGGCGAUCCAGAAUCACCGGAGGGCGAAGAGGACGUAAAAGCCGCGGCCGAUGACGAUCUCGAGGAGCCACAAUUCGAUGAAGAAGAAGAGGAAGAGGAAGAGGAGGAGGGUGAGGAGAAGGAGGAAGAGGAAGAAGAGGAAGAGGAAGAAGAAGAAGAGGAGGAAGAGGAAGAAGAAGAGGAGGAGGAAGAAGAAGAAUAAAAAAGCCGUUUCGGAGCUAUUAUUAUUAUUAUUAUUACUAUUAAUAUUAUUAUUAUUAUUAUUACUAUUACUAUUACUAUUACUAUUACUAUUAUUAUUGACUACGAGGAUCUAAUCUUAAAAAAAGAAAAAACGAAAAAAAAAGAAGAAGAAGGAAAAAGAACUAAACAAAACAAACAAUAAAAUAAAAUAAAAUAAAAUAAAAAGUUCCAGAAUAAAAGCCAAAAGUGUUCCCAGAUAAAAUUCCGAAAUCAAUGGAACUUCCAUCUUUUAGAUCUUGUAGUUUUACAAUUUAAAAGAAAUAAAAAACUAUUAGACAAUAA